CCCGCUUGUUCCCUCUCUCUCUCAUUCUUUUCAAAAACAUUCUGGGUGGACGGAAGGGUAUUGGAUUUCUAGGGUUUCCGGUGCAUUUCUCGGGUUUCCGGCGUCCUCGAGAUGCCUCAAUCCCGCGCGGACUCUCCCUCUCCCGAAGAGCAACCGAAGCGGCCGAUAGACUCUCCAGUCGAUCUUUCGAAGCCGCAGAAAAUCGCGAGAGUCGAUUCAGGUGAUCAGCAAUCGGAAAGCCUCAAGCCAGAGGCUCGGAAGAUGGGAUUUCAGAGAUACCUUGUAGCGGUGGAGUACAUCGGCACCAAGUUCUCGGGUUCGCAGAAGCAGCUGAAUGGCAGAACGGUCGAGGGCGUCGUCGAGGACGCAUUUUACAAGUUCAUUGGACAGCCUGUUUCAAUCUCAUUCUCUAGCAGAACAGAUGUUGGAGUGCAUGCUUUAUCAAAUACUUUCCAUGUUGAUGUUGAGCGUAUAAGUAAAAGGAAGCCUGGUGAAGUGUUACCACCUCAUGAACCUGGAGUUGUAAGAAGGGCUGUCAAUCAUUUCUUGCAGAAAAAUGAAGGCGAUAUCAUGUUGCUUGAUGUCCGGACUAUUCCUGCAAACUUCCAUGCAAGGUUCAAUGCUAAAGAGCGCAUAUACUACUACCGUAUACUCUCUGGCCAGGAUGCUUUAUCAAUAUUUGAGAAGGAAAGGGCAUGGCAUGUACCUGAAAAAUUAGAUCUUCUUGCAAUGCAGAAAGCAUGCAGCAUCCUGGUUGGACACCAUGACUUCAGUUCCUUUAGGUCUGCCGGUUGUCAGGCAAAAUCUCCUGUUAAAACAUUGGAUGAGCUCCGUGUGUGUGAGGUGAUUCCGUCAUCCUCCUUCCCUUCAAACACUGACAAUGGACAAAAAGAUGGAGGGCUCUUCGGAGGGAGGAAAAGUCAUCGUUUGUAUAUGAUAACUGCAAGAGCACGAUCUUUUUUAUAUCACCAGGUUCGCCUGCUUGUUGGCCUACUCAAAUCUGUUGGCACAGGAGAACUGAAAAUUGAUGACGUGGAAAGAAUUUUGAAUGCAAGGACAAUAACUGAAACUCCUCCCAUGGCUCCUGCUUGCGGUCUCUACCUUGGAAAUGUAAUGUACGACUUUUUGUCAGAUGAUGAUUAGAAGAGCUGAUGUAUUUUACGGACAGGUCUUACAAAGAAGUGAAAUUCCCAUUGCAUAUGAUGGUGCAUUACUAGGGGACUUUGAUUACUUGUAAGCCUUUGAAUAGUUUGUUCUCCAUAUUGUUUGGAAGAGUUGAAAAAUCAAAACGCUUCAGUGGUUCAAAAGCAGUAGUUCAUCUCCAGCUUUCCCGUACACUGGGGCGUAAGGCAACGUAUAGGACAAAGUGUCCCAUCUUUUCAUGGGUGCUUCAUUUGUGGACAGGCACAUUUUGUGUAGUUUUGCUGUUCUGCAAUGGCAUGUAGCGAUGACAUGUUCCCUGACAUGCUGGGGCAAGGGAUAGAGGUAAUUUGCUGAACGUCACUCCUGCUUCUCUUUCCCUAACCAAAACAACAGGAACAGGACAAGCUUAAGAUGGGUCCCUAGUGUUCGUGCAUCUGAAUCAUGAAACAACGAAGUCCGGCAGCUAAGCAUUGUAAGUGGGUCACUCUUGGUUUGGAUAUUUGGUGGAACAAGCGUGGCUUGAUCAUUUAGCUGACUAGUUGCCAUCUCGUUUGCCAACAAGGGCUUCUAUCAGCUUGCUAAAGUGAUUAUGUUCAGACCUUCGAGUUGCAGAAUGCCACUGUUCUGCUAUAUUCGAAUGUUAAUUGCAUUUCAUUUUUGUGUUUUUUUGUUUGGUCUUCUUUUCUAGUGUUUGGCCCUUCUAAUGGGAUCCAAAUAUGCUGGAUUCUGUUCUGUUCUAGGAGUAUAAGUUUGGAUAGUUCUGUUCCGUCUUUUGAGAAAGAUUUCAGGAGAUUCCAACAUAAAUUGUUCAAAAUUUAUAUGCGCCUUUCAAGGAUCAUAA